AUCUUCUUGCCUGUUCUCUACGACUUCAACUCGCUUCUGCGGCACUCCUUUCCUUUGAAAUCUUGUCGGAUCUUGCAUGCAGAUUCGCUGCCCUCGUCGGAUCGGCCUCCCGUGAACUGCAUCCCCCACCACGGCCCCUCGUGCUGCUAUCGACCCGCCUGCCCUGCCGAUUGAGCGUGUUCCCCUCCCUCCGCUUGUCUCUCCGCAAUCAUGACGGCCGGACUCAAAACCAUCAUCGCCCUCUCCUUUAUCCUCGCCAUUGGCUUUCUCCUGGUCAUUCUCUCCUCGGCGCUCUGGCACAAUUUCCUGCCUCUCGUCGUUGUCGCAACCUAUGUCGUAGCACCGCUCCCCAACUGGAUCUGCUCGCGAUGCGCGAACCCCGAUGAUUUCAUGGAUAGUUCCGGCAAUGCGGCCGCGGACUUUGGUCGCUUCAUGACUGGGUUCCUGGUGUUGAUGGGAAUCGCGCUUCCCGCGGUCCUUGCGCAUAGCGGCGCCAUUGAGAUUCCCGCGAUGGUCAUGUCGAUCCUCGGAGGCCUCCUGAUUUACGGAACAAUCAUUAGUUUCUCGAUGUUCUUCCAGGAACAAGAAGAGUUUUGACGGAGUCGCCAUCGGUCGGGUUGGGUUGGUUCGAGGUAGUCAGCAUGUCGGAGUGCCAAUGUCCUCCGAAAGCCAUAGUUUGGCCCGCUCUGCCUGUUCUACCUUUUGAAUUUGAUGGAGCAGCGU